GUGACAACGGACCCUUUACGCAGUACCACGAAAAAUGCCAUUUAAAACUAGUUUUUUGUGUAAUAAUUGUUAUUAAUGAAAAAUUUAUGCAUUAAAUAUCCUUUAUUUAUAUAUAAAUUUAAAAAAAUCUAAAAAAUGCUUUUGGAAAAACAUGAUUUUAAACAAAAACUGUAUAAUUUCAAAUCGUCACAUCAAAGUCAUCUUUCAUUUUUUUGCCAUCAAACUCAUGAAAUAUAUACAUCAUUAUAAUAUCUAGGGAACCGUGUCUCAGAUUUUUUCUAUCUUUUCUCAAAAAAAUAUUACGUAACGUCAAACAUUUUAAGCGACUUUUUUCAUACUACUUAUUACGUAAUUAAAGAUAAUUAAACAUCUGGUUGAGCAAACAAAAUUCCCUGACACGGUUCCCUCCGUAAAUGAAUUUCCUUUCAUGUGUUUCAAACUGCAUGUUAAUUGCUUCAUUAUUAAAAAAGUUAUGCCGAUUUAAAAUUGGUCCGGUUUACAUCAAACGAAGUGUCAAAAUCGGCCUUUUUUAUGUUAAUCCCUAUUUUUACGAGAUAUUAUUGCAUAACUUGACAAUAUAUCGCAUCAAAUGGGGUCAUAAUAUGCGGUCUCACGCUCUAACACCCUUUUAUGACCCAAUCAUAUCUGACCAAUUAAAAAUUUGUUCAUAACUAGCAUUUUAAACAAGAAAUUUCCCCAUAACCUAACGUGAUUUAUUGUUCGUCUGGUAUCUGUCGCAGUAGUCACGUGACUAUCGGAAAAAUUUGAGGCACUCAGUGGGGAAAUGGAGCGUAUAGAGCGAUCAUUGACUACCGCUGUUCAAAGUGCGGGAUUUGAUUCAACAUUCUUCAAAUAUGCUCUGCAGAUGACCGUUGACAUUCAGAAAAGCGAUGGAAAAACAGGAAGUCAAAUCAGAUACGCAGUUUACCGCCACUGGGCGAGAGAGUUGAAGAGAAUGGAUGUUGGCAUGGAUACGAUGGGAAACCCGCAGUAUGAGUUUCCGAAAGAGGCCACCGAGUAUUUACGAAAGCUAACUGGCGGCCCAGCCAAAAGAGAGAAACGACAGGUGAAGGUAGUAGUUCCAAUGGAAGUAUUGUGCCGUGCCCUUGCCGUUCCUCCAAGGACCUAGAUCGACCC